UCAGCUGACGUUUGUCACGUGGUAGACUGAGCUGCGUUCACGCGACUUUUGGAAAAACGAUCAUUCGUUAUCUCCAAUGACUUCUCAGUAUGCGCGUACAACGUUAGUAGAUGGAAAUACGGUGCUAUAAAUAUAAUCUGUCGUUAUCUGUGUCUUGUCGUGAAAACAACUCUUAACAACUAUCGCCUCGAUUAUUCAAUAGAGGAUUGAAUUGAUGUUGGCCCGCACGCCGAACUCCAUUUCAAAAUCUACCAAUUUAGCGUGCCCUUGAUCGUUGGCAACUUAGAGUGAACCAAAUGUAAAUGUGUGAAGUGUGACUUCCCAAAAUGUUUACGAGAUAUCAGUUGGAUGCCGAAUGUAAUAAAAAAGGCCCAAUAAUCCAUACUGGAUAUUUAGCUCGCAUUUAACUACGCAUGUACUAUCGAUACUGAAGAAAUCAUAAAAUCUAACAAUUUGUCACUUGAGUUCUGUGGAACGUCGCCGGACCCAGGGGAAAGGGGAAUAACGUCGCUCAGAACGAUUGUAUUUCACAUCCUGCUUUGUGUUGCAGCGGGGUGGUUGUUGCUUGUUAGGUCCCCAGCUCUUGUCACUGUGGUCGGUAAGAAGUAACAGGGAUGUGACCGAAGUCGACACUAGUGCCGCCGCUGUUACUUCUCUCGAAUACGGGCAGCAGCGUAUGGAAAUAAACCGCAGGAUGAGGACACUGUGAAAGUCCAGCGUGGAGCGCAGAGGAGCAGGAGGCCACCGAGGCGAUGGAGCGGCUGCACUGGGUGCGGCAUCGCUGUCGGCAGCUGCUGGAGGGGAACUCGGGGAGAGGCUGGUACUCUGCCGCCGAUGGCCUGCCCAACAAAAGCUCCCUGGACGCCCACAGCUCUCCACAGAGAGUCAGUGGGAAGCGGAGAACAGUGUGUGCCCGCCAUGGGCCCCACCAACAGGAGUAUGAAGCAGUCUCCAAAAGCUACCAGGGCAAUGCCAUCCGCACUACCAAGUACAGCUUGUUGACCUUCAUCCCCAUGAACCUGUUCCAGCAGUUCCACAGGUCUGCCAACCUCUACUUCCUGUUCCUGGUGUUACUGAACUGGGUGCCAGUUGUUGAAGCUUUUCAAAAGGAAAUUGCCAUGAUUCCUCUGCUGGUGGUUCUCGUUGUUAUCGCCUUCAAAGAUGCCCUGGAAGACUACAGGCGCUACUUGUUCGACAAGAAGGUCAACAACAAUGUAGUGCGAGUGUUCUCUGGCAAGCAGAAAGCCUACAUUGACCAGCGCUGGAAGGAUGUGCGAGUUGGAGACUUUGUGCGUCUGUCCUGUAAUGAAAUCAUCCCAGCUGACAUGCUGCUGCUGUAUUCCUCUGACCCGCGUGGGGUUUGUUACAUUGAGACCGCCAACCUGGACGGAGAGACCAACCUGAAACAGAGACAGGUGGUUUCAGACCUCCCAUUGCAGGGGGAGGAGUUCUCCCUCGAGAGCUUCCACUGUCGUGUUGAGUGUGAGAACCCCAACGAUGACCUCGGCCGGUUCAGAGGUUACAUGGAGCACCCCGGCGGGCUUCGCGUCGGCCUCCAUAACAACAACCUCCUGUUGAGGAGCUGCACCGUCCGCAACACUGAGACGGUGGUGGGCAUGGUGGUCUACGCUGGUCAUGAGACUAAAGCCAUGAUGAACAACAGCGGGCCGAGGUACAAGCGCAGCCAGCUGGAAAAGCAUCUGAACACAGACAUCCUGUGGUGUGUGCUCCUGCUCAUCAUCAUGUGUCUGACGGCUGCUAUAGGUCACGGCCUCUGGCUGAACAACCUCAAAGACCCUCUCUUUCAGGUUGAUACGGAGACGUCUCCAGGCCUGGCUGGAUUCUACGUCUUCUGGACCAUGAUCAUUGUGCUGCAGGUGCUGAUCCCCAUUUCUUUGUACGUGUCCAUUGAGAUUGUCAAACUGGGCCAGAUCUACUUCAUCCACAAUGACUUGGCCCUGUACAACAAGCAGCUGGACUCCAGGAUUCAGUGUCGGGCCCUCAACAUCACCGAGGACCUAGGUCAGAUCCAGUACCUGUUCUCUGAUAAGACGGGAACUCUGACAGAGAACAAGAUGGUGUUCCGCCGCUGCAGUAUCUAUGGCGUGGAAUACCCUCAUGAGGAAAACGCUCGGAGGCUGGAGGUGUACGAGGCGGAGAAGAGCGAAGAGGCGGGCCGCUCUGUAACUCUGAAGUCGGGCUGCAGCGGCAAAUCCCUGAGCUGUCGCUCUCUCAGCUGCCAACGCAGCUCCGUGUCCCUGCACACACUCGCUGCUGAGUCAGAGGAGGAGGAGGAACAACUGUCCAAUCCCAUCCACCCAAGGACCAACGCCUUCUGCAGCCGUGUGGCGAAGGAGGUGGUACCGGACCCCGAGCUGGUGAGGAAGUUGAACUGGUUCUGCUCUCCGGAGCUGGCUCUGAGCGACGGCUCCUCUGGGACUCCGUCCAGCCUGGAGCUCACCUACAUCACCGACUUCUUCCUGGCUCUGGCCAUCUGUAACAGCGUGGUGGUGUCCUCGCCCAGCCAGCCCCGGCACGUGGUGCCUGAAGCACGAACGCCCCUCAAGUCCCUGGAGGAUUUCAAGCUGAUGUUCCAGCGCUUGAGCUUCUCUCCGUUCGCAGCCCUCUCCACGCUGUCCCCUCCCCAGAUGAAAGGCAGCCCUGUCAGCUUCACGCGGAGGCUGUUCGCCCGGGGGAAGACCGGCUCCUUCACGCCCACUAACAGCACCACGGACGGGUCAGAGCCGGGCCGAGAAAGCAACCUGGAGCCCCCCGACCCGAGGCGUAAACUGGACUUGUCCUCCCGAGCUGAAGGAGGCGAUGCCGGACAGACGGAGCACAGGGACACAGAGGAUGAGGAUGCAAAGACAAACCCUGACGGGGCCAGGCAGGAUGCGGAGGGUGAUCCGAUUAGAGAAGCUGACCGCGAGAGCGACACUAACGAGGAACUGCUGUACGAGGCGGAGAGUCCAGACGAGGCGGCUCUGGUCCACGCCGCCCAGGCGUACCGCUGCACCCUGCGGGGGCGCUCCGCAGAGGGCCUGCUGGUAGAUCUGCCCGGAAUCGGCUCUCUGGCGGUCCAGCUGCUCCACAUCCUGCCCUUCGACUCCAAUAGGAAGAAGAUGUCAGUGGUGGUGCGCCACCCGCUCACGGGACACGUGGUGGUUUACACCAAGGGAGCCGACUCUGUCAUCAUGGACCUGGCUGAGACGCCCAAAGGUGCAGAGCAGGCUCAGGAGAUCUACAGUCACAUCAGAGAACAAACCCAAAUUCAUUUAGACGGCUAUGCCAGAGAAGGCCUCCGCACACUCUGCAUCGCUAAAAAGCUGCUCUUUUCCAGACACUGUGGCCACUGCCGGAGUCAGAGACAACGAAGCGAUAACGGAGAGAUAACAGAAUUGGAAAAUCCUACUGCUUCCCUGAGAAUUGUGGAAGAGGAAGAGUACGAGGCGUGGCUAAAGGGACAGCUGCUGGCGGAGAGCAGCAUCGAGAACAGAGAGGAGCUGCUGCUGGAGUCUGCUCAGAGACUGGAGACCAACCUCACGCUGCUGGGCACCACUGGUAUUGUGGACCGACUACAGGAGGAGGUCCCAGAGACCAUCGAAGCCCUUCAGAGGGCCGGGAUCAAAGUCUGGAUCCUCACUGGAGACAAAAAGGAGACUGCCAUCAACAUCGCCUACGCCUGCAAACUCCUUUGUCCCAACGACCAGCUGCUGACAGCCAGCUGUGGAAGCAAGGAUGCGUGUGCAGUUCUACUUGAGGAGCUCAAAGUGGAAGUGCAGCGCAGUGAAGCCAGUUUGACUGAGCCGACCGCAGCAGGGAAUCAUGGGGAAUCGUCCUCGGGCGGCGUGGCAGGCUUCGUUCUGGUUAUAGACGGACGGACGCUGGAAUGGGCCCUGCAGGAAGAACUAAAGAGCCACUUCCUGGAGCUGAGCCAAGGGUGCAAGGCAGUCAUCUGCUGCAGGUCCACGCCGCUGCAGAAGAGCCAGGUGGUCCGGCUGGUCCGGGACCAGCUGGGCGUCAUGACCCUGGCCGUGGGUGAUGGAGCCAAUGAUGUGAGCAUGAUUCAGGUGGCUGACGUGGGCAUCGGGAUAUCUGGUCAGGAGGGCAUGCAGGCUGUGAUGUCCAGUGACUUUGCCAUCUCCAGGUUUAAACACCUCAGUAAGCUGCUGCUGGUCCACGGCCACUUGUGCUACUCUCGUCUUGCAAACAUGAUCCUCUAUUUCAUCUACAAGAAUGUGAUGUAUGUGAAUCUGCUGUUCUGGUACCAGUUCUUCUGCGGUUUCUCUGGGGGCGUCAUGACCAACGCCUGGGUGCUCAUCCUCUUCAACCUGCUCUUCACCUCCGUUCCUCCUCUGAUCUACGGUGUGCUGGAUCAGCACAUGCCUGCAGACACUUUGAUGGAGCUGCCGGAGCUCUACCAGGCUGUGCAGACCUCCAAGGUCUAUGUCCCCUACGUGUUCUGGAUCACAGUCCUGGAUGCGUUUUACCAAAGCCUCGUCUGCUUCUUCGUGCCUUACUUUGCAUUGGCAGGAUCCAGCGUUGGUGUGUUGUCUUUUGGCUCUCCGAUCAACGCCUCAGCUCUCCUCAUCAUCCUGCUGCACCAAGUCAUCGAGAGUCACACUCUGACGUGGAUUCACGCGCUGGUCUUGGUGCUCAGUGGCGCUUCCUACUUUGGCUUCGUGCUGCUCUUCGGUGUGUUCUGUGUGACCUGCAGCCCCCCCACCAACCCCGUGGGGGUGGAAACACUCGAGAUGUCCCAGCCUCUUUUCUACAUCGUAUGUGCUCUCACUACUGUGACAGCUCUGUUACCCAGGCUGUUGUUUCGAGCCCUGUGCAACACGUUGCGCCCCGCUGCUGCUCUGACAUCAGCUCAGACGGACAGAGUGGAUUCCGAGAGGUACCGCAAGAAAAUGCAGCGCUGGAACCUGAGCCACUCCAAAGCCAACAAGCUGCCAGUGUGUGCGGACAACCCCGGCCUGGAGCCCGGCACUGACUCAGUGGAGUCCUGACCUACACACACAAACACACACACACAUACACACACACAGACAGAGUGCUGCAUACCAGAAGCAGACAGACACUUACCAGUGUAUGACCUGCCCAGGUAAAAAAAAAAUAAGAGACAUGUUGGAUUCAAGUGCACAUAACUGACUGAAUGGAUUCUCAGGUGCAAUCAAAGGCUUUGUAUGGAUGUAAGUGGAAGUUCUGCUGACGCUCAUUGUGUUGUAUGUGAACUACAGACUAAUCCUAAAGAAAAGUGGACAUGUGCUACGUAUGUUUAAUAACUCACCAAGCAUUUAUGAGAACAGAAGCUUAGAAACACGACCAUCAUGUCAAAUAUGUAUAGACGAUAAUGUUUUUUAAAGGAGCCGUAUGUAUCAUUCGACAAGAAUAAAUCGUCGUGACAUUAA